AUGUCAUCAUCAUUCGAAAACGGCGCCCUUUACAUGACCCUCAAUACACGAGGUCAACCUGGAACAUUCCACUGGGGAAUAUUUAUUCCAUGUUCAGGAGCAAAGGGAUGGACCAUCGUCCUUGCCUACAAGCUUGGCUUUGUAUCCUCUGAGGCGGCUUUAGACCAAACCUUACGAGCCAUCACAGACUUUGGUCCAAUAUCUAAGCGGACAGGUGAAACUUUCAGUUGCAGAACUUGGAUGAAGGAUAGCCUUGCCACGCUACAUGACAAGGGUAUUGUAGCUCUGCCUGCUGAUAUUGAUACGCUUGCGAAAAGGGCUUUCGAUGAAGCGACCCCCCUGGAGCCCGCUAUCGAAUCGGGAACAGGUGAUUUGACUAUCAUGGAUGGCACUACUUAG